GUAGCAAAAAUGAGCUCUGCAACAGGAUUUGACCAAAAAAAGUUAGCAGCGCAAGUCGACAGGAUGACACGUAAGUUUGAUCCUUGGCAGGGCAGCACACACCUUCAGGAGCAGUGAUUGUGGCAGACAAUGUGCAUUAUGAACAUAUCGGAGAACGAGUUCUAUGUGGAUUAUGAUUACAACGACACCUGCGAUGCGGUUCAAGGUUCAGGAUUGCCUGACGGAUCCACGGCCUUGCUGGUUCUUUACUACCUGCUGUUCUGCCUGAGUCUGCUGGGCAACAUCACGGUGCUCUGGGUUCUCCUCCGGUACAUAAAGCUGAAGACCAUGACGGACGUGUGCCUCCUCAACCUGGCCCUGUCCGACCUGAUCCAGGCUGCGACCCUCCCCCUCUGGGGCCGCAACGACACAAACCUCGCGUCAUGCAAAUUGAUGACUGGAGGCUACCAGUUGGGCUUCUACAGUGGCACUUUGUUUGUGACCCUAAUGAGUGUGGACCGCUACCUGGCCAUCGUCCACGCUGUUGCAGCCAUGCGAGCCCGGACUCUUCGCUGUGGAAUCAUUGCCAGCACCGCAAUCUGGGUUACUUCUGUCAUUAUGGCACUACCCGGGGUGAUAUUUGCUUCUUUAGAAAUAGACGAAAAUGACAACAGCUCCCAGUGCCAUCCCCUGUACCCCGAGGACAGCCAGCGCUUUUGGAAGUUACUGCGGAACUUCAGCGAGAACACAGUGGGCCUGUUUGUUUGCCUCCCAAUCAUGAUUUUCUGCUACGUGAAAAUCCUCAUCGUGCUGUCCAGGUCCAGGAACUCCAAAAAGAACAAAGCUGUGAAGCUGAUAUUCACCAUAGUGGGUGUGUUUGUGGCGUGCUGGGUCCCCUAUAAUGUCAUAGUUUUCCUACAGACUCUGCAGCUGUUCCUGGAGAACCUGGGCACCUGCGAGGCUUCAAUAAGCAUCAACUCUGCCAUGCACUUCGCUGAGAUGAUUGCACUGUUUCACUGCUGGGUAAACCCAGUCAUAUAUGCAUUUAUCGGAGAGAAGUUUAGGAAAUCGCUGAGAAAUGUGCUGACUAGGUUCUUCUGCUGGGGCCACCAGAGAAGGGCUUUCAGCCACAGAGAGACUACAGAGAGAGAGACUUCCAACACACCCGUAAAGUCAGAUUAUCAAGAGUGAUAAACCCACAUUGCCAGAAAGACGCCGCAUUCGCUGUCAAGAGCUGAAAAACAGCACUCAGACGAUUCCAAGUAAGA